CACGGGAGCUAAGCAACGAUGCCACCCGCGCGGGUUUUAAACGGUUACGUGGUCCGUCGUCAACAAACGUCCCCCCCAACAGGCGUCGUCCCUUCCCUGCUUGAACUUGCAAACCAGCCAACCCGACCAACCCCCAGUAUUUACUUAAGUACGUAGUCGCUCAGGUCAAAUCCUGGGCUGCGCCGACUGCACUGCAUCGUCAGCCUGCCAUUGCCGGAGCCCUUUUGCUCGUCACUCGUCACCCGUCACCCGUCUCUCGUCCCGUCACGGCUGCGACUUGCCUGCUUCAAGGUCCACCCACCUCCCGGAUCGUCGUCACUGGCAAAACCUCGACGUGCUGUCCCGCCCACCAAACAUCCCGGCCACAAGAAAAAAGGGGGCAGCCAGUCGAGCUAGACCGUCCACAAUAAAAUCGCCCCUGCUUCUCCCGACAGUGGCUCGUGUAACUCGUCCUAUGGAGCGUAGCCGCCUCCGAGCACACUUCAAUUGCCUUACUCUACGUUAGGUGGGACCAAUACGCGAGCGAAACCACCGCCAGCCAUCAUGGCCGGUAUCGAGCAGCUCGAGAUUCACUCCAAGUCAUACAUUGUCCGAUGGGUUAAGGUAGACGAGGGCCACACCAUUUCAUGGAGUGUUCAGCCGCACAAAAAGUCCAUCAAUUUUGGAAUUGUCAAGCACCCCGGCAGCGGCAGCACCAACCUCACCAUCAACCAGUCCGAAGAAGCGACCGACGCCCUCGAUGGCACCUCUGAGAGCGGAAAGAAGGGCGUCUUCGCAAAGAAGGACUCGAGCAAUGCUCAGGAACAGUUGACAAAGAAAGGCUUCAGGGUCGUGCAUUGGCAUGGAAAAUGCGAGGCCGACAAGGUAUCCAUGGGCACUUGGGACGUCGAUCACGAUCAUGGCGGCAUGUAUGGCCUCAUAUUCGACAACACCUUCUCGAAACAAACCUCCAAGACUGCCACAUUUGUGCUCCUGACGUACCCUACCGGCGCACCCCCGCAGACUGCGCGUAACUUGCCCAACCUGCAGGCCGGUAACAGCGCGAGCGCCAGCAGGACGAGUUUGGGAAACAAGGGCGGCCCAAGCCCCAGUCUGAGGCCCAGCGCGGGAGAGUCGGUGGAUAGUCUUCACAGCCAGAAGACAAGGGGCCGGGCCGCAUCCAACGCGCGAAGUGAGGCCGCCAACUCUAUGACCUCUGGGAAUUAUCACACCGGUGCCCUGCUGAAGAGGAGGCGCAAGAAGGGCCAAGGUUACGCGAGACGGUUCUUUUCGCUCGACUAUGCGACCUGCACCCUCUCCUACUACCACACUCGGAACUCUUCCGCGCUCAGAGGAGCCAUCCCAUUGAGUCUGGCAGCCAUUGCCGCGGACGAGACAAGGAGGGAAAUCAGCAUCGAUUCUGGCGCCGAGAUCUGGCAUCUCAGAGCCUCCAAUGACCGAGACUUCACGGACUGGGCACGAGCGCUGGAGAAGUCGAGCCGGAUUGCCCGGGGCCUUGAUCCAGCUUUUCUGGAGCCCGAACCGGUGAAGCGGCAGGUAACACGGCGCUCUUUAAUCGCCCCGCCGAAUAACCAGGAGGAGGAAGACCGGGAAUGGCAGCAGGUGGAGGCUCUGGUCAGCCGUGUCGUUGGGUCGCGCGACGCGCUCCGACGGCUUGUUAAGGAUAUGGCGGCACAGAAGCAGACCCAUGGUCCACGGCCACCGUCAUCCCAUCUCUCUCCUGGGACCCCGACCGUGGCGGAAGAGGGUGAUUACUUUACGCCAAUGCCGGAGAGGAAGCCCUUCUGGAAACGGAAAUCUAGCGCCUCGAUAACACCGGGGAUGCAACCUUCUGUCUCUUCAGCCUUGGCGGUACCCAGCCCCAACACUGCCGCAACAGCUGUCGCCCCUAACGGGACGACCAAGGAAGAGAAGAGGAGGUCGAAAGCUUCUAUCCCAGAUGAAAGCACGACGGCGGAGCACUGUAACGCCCUGCUCGGAGACCUCGACGCGGUCGUGGCAGAAUUCUCUAAUCUGCUAUCAAACAGCAAGCGACGCCGGUUGCCGGCAGCGCAAUCUGCUGCAUCUCGGGUGAGCAUGGAAUCCACGACGUCGGAUGAGUUUUUCGAUGCUGAAGAGGCUGGCGAUCGGUCGCAACUUCUCGUCAUCGAUCACCAGAGCGAAGAAGAGACCCCCGCCUCGGAGGUGGACGAGGCCGAGGUACACGAUGCGUCGUCCGUCUCUAGCGUUGAAGGAGAUGAUGAUGCCGCAGGUCGUUCGGAGAAUCAGGAUGACUACUUCCCCAGCAAGCCAAAGUCACUCACACCUCUGCCGGUGACUGAUCAGGUUGCGCGGCGCAAGACCAUUCCUCCGGCCAAGGUCAUGCCUCCCAGCCUAAUAGCUUUUGUGCGCAAGAAUGUCGGCAAGGACCUUUCAACAAUCAGCAUGCCAGUCUCCGCCAACGAGCCCACAUCUCUCCUACAGCGUGUCGCCGAACAGUUAGAAUACGCGAAUCUGCUCGACCAGGCAACAAAACAGAACCAGCCUAAUGAACGUAUCCUCUACGUCGCUGCCUUUGCCAUCUCUCAAUUCAGCGGGAGUCGCGGCAAGGAGCGUGCCAUUCGCAAGCCUUUCAACCCACUGCUGGGUGAGACGUUCGAGCUCAUCCGCGGCGAGAACGAAGUGCCUGGUGGACUUAGAUUAAUUGUCGAAAAGGUCACGCACCGGCCAGUCCGGCUGGCGAUGCAGGCCGACUCGUCGCUCUGGUCCUUCGCACAGAGUCCUGCACCUACACAGAAAUUCUGGGGCAAGUCUGCAGAGAUCACCACCGAGGGCCGGGCACGCGUCGUGCUGAGGUUGCCUGACGGCACCGAGGAGCGGUACAGCUGGAACAUCGCCACAGUCUUCCUCAGGAACGUAGUCAUGGGCGAGAAGUAUGUGGAACCUGUAGGGAAUGACAUGCAUGUCAUCAACGAAGGCACCGGUGCUAAGGCUGUCGUUGAGUUCCGCUCGAAAGGCAUGUUUGGCGGGCGAAGCGAGGACGUACAAGUCGAGACGUAUGAUGCUUCCGGUACACAUACCGGUCUGUCGCUGGCGGGCACAUGGACGAACUCUCUGAGGAGAGUGGAAGCCGGCAAGGCUGCCGGUGGAGAGAUCUGGCGCGUAGGGAGCCUGGUGGACAACGCGGCGAACACCUACGGCAUGACAACCUUCGCAGCCAGCCUCAACGAGAUCACACCUCUCGAGAAGGGCAAGCUGCCGCCGACGGACACAAGGCUCAGGCAGGACCAGAGGCUUGCCGAGGAGGGAAAGCUGGACGACGCGGAGGAGUGGAAGGUCAAGCUCGAGGAGGGCCAGAGGGCCCGCAGGAAGGUUCUAGAGGACAAGGGCGCCGAACACAAGCCCAGAUGGUUCACCAAGGUGGCCACGGUCGGGGAUGGCGAGGAAGUGUGGAGGCUCAAGGUUGGCAAGGAUGGGUACUGGGAGGAGAGGGCCAAGGGUCAGUGGACAGGCGUGGAACACAUCUUUGACGUCUAAGUCGUCAGCUGUGGGCUUGGGCUUGGGCAAGUGCAUCUGUAUAUUUCUGCAUUGCCAUUUCUCUAGCGGUCAAAUUCAUCCCUGCCAUUCGAAGCGACAAUAA